AACCCUAAUUUCUGAUUGUUGAUUCCUGUUCUUUUCUCUGAUUUUACGAUUCAUCAAACAAGGGUAGAAGAAUCUUUUUGGAAUUUCUUGUGGCUUUGGGGGCUUGAUGACGAUGGAAAGUUUUAACUCGACCGAAGAUCAGAUCUUCAUCUUUUUGAGUUUUUUUCUUUUCUUGUUUUUUCUCGUUUGAAUUUCGAAUUGGAUUCAUCGGCGCCGUUGAUCCUCACAGGAUCGCCGGUCCGGUGUUAGGGUACUGGAAGGGAUGUGUGGACUCUUCUUGAAUUGACUCGAAUUCGGGUUUCGGGCCUUCUGUUAUUUAUCAGUCGGGUUUUGUGUUUGUGAAAAGACGAUGUUGUCCUUUGCUCAAUAGAAACAUAGUGGGAUUUGGGAAUGAUAAUUGCGUCUUUCAGGAGGAUUGCUUUACAAGAACCAGACUGUGAGAGAGAAAGAUGGGUUCUGAGAACAAAACAAACGAUGAAACAAGCUUUCAACCAUCUGAGCCCAUACUCUGCGCCAACGGGUGUGGUUUCUUCGGCGCCGCAGCCACGAUGAACCUUUGCUCGAAGUGCUACAGGGACUUGCGCAUUAAAGAAGAGCAACAGGCCUCUGCUAAAGCGGCCAUGAAUAUGUCUUUCAACCCGAAACUGUUGCAGGAGAAUCGAACGUCGUCGUUUUCCUUUUUGGAUACAGCGGGCGGUUCUUCCUCCUCCUCUUCAUGUUCUUUUACGUUCGGUAACGUAGGUGUUGGCGGUGGCGAUAAAUCUGAGCCAAAGGUGCCUAACAGGUGCAUGAGCUGCAACAAGAAGGUGGGGUUGACGGGGUUCAGAUGCAAGUGCGGGAGUACCUUUUGCGGGGCUCAUCGUUACCCAGAGAAGCACGAGUGCACAUUCGAUUUCAAGGCCUCAGGGCGUGACGCCAUUGCCAAGGCUAAUCCGGUGGUUAAGGCUGAUAAACUGGACAGGCUGUGAAACCACCUGGAUUGGUAUUUUCUUUAUAAUCAUCAUCAUCUUCUUCUUCUUCUUCUUCUUUAGGGUUUCUUUAUUUGGUUAGGGCUUUGUGGGAAAAGCUGGUGGUUAUGGUGCUGUUCUUGCUUAAUGGUGGUUUGUGGGUGAAAGGGAUGGAUAAUACGUGGUGGUUGGGGGGAGGGGGUGGCUUCCAUAAUAAAGUGGCUAAUUGAAUUGUUAUUAGUUGUAGUUUGCCCUUUUUUCUUUAUUCUUUUUUCUUUUUAAACUUUUUCUUCCCUCUUUUUCUGCUCUGCUGCUAAACUACUUUAUCACAUCUAUUCUAAUAUCCAUAGUCCAUACUACAACCUAGCUUGGUAUUUAGGGUUAAUGAGUAUCUGCAUCCUUUUUC